AUGGUAUGUUUUUUGCCACUGGAUCAGGCCAUCCACUGUAAAAAGUCGAUUAAAAUCAAAUAUGUAAGGAAGCCAGGAAACACUUCUCUGUCGGCCAACAAAAGACUAGAUUAACGGUGAUUGGUCAUUUUACGUAACGACAAAAUAAAGACAAAUUUGCAGUACUGUCGUCCUGUAUUCAUUUGAAAAUCAAUUGGUUUGUUAUUAAGAAUUUUUAUGUAUGGAGUUGUUACUUAUUUCUCAUCUUUCUUUUGCUGUCAAUACCGAUCUUGUAGCCAUGAUUUACGUUGCUCUGCGAAAAAAGUCGUUCAAAGAUAAUUUACGAUAAGUCUUCCUCAGCAUUUUCCUACAACUCCCUCACGGUACUCAAGUUCCUCUUGGUGUUCCACGUGUCCACGGCGGCGUCAGGAGUGGAGGGAGAUGCGCGCGGAAGUCUGAUUACUUGAGAGCUUUUGAUGAGUGGCAUGCGUUGAAAUUAAUUUAGGGCCUGCUGGCUCAGUUACAUUUUGGAGUGUGUUUUUAACGCCUCUUCCCAAACUCAUAUAUCAUACAGUGAAGAUUCGGGAAUCCGUUCAGUUUCCCAACCCCUUGGGGGUUUAUGUUUCAACCCAAGUUUGUGGAUGAGCUCUGCGGUUACAUUUUGAGCGGAAUUUGCUUGGAUUGGGUUCGGGAAGUUAAACAAAAAAUUGCCAGACUGGACUUUUCUUUGGGAAGUGCGAAAGUUGUAUAUAAAUAAACACGCUAGACGGGGAAGUACAAAGAAUCAGUUGUAUAUUAUUAUUUUCAGAAAGUGCGUGGACAUUUGUCGCAGCGCGCACCGUGCACAAAAUAAGCCCAUUUUGCACGGUGCAUUCAGCUGUUUUGCGUUUCGAAACUGUACAGCGAAAGUGUCGCCGCGAAAUAUCGCCGCGACAUGUCGCCGCGACGCCAGCCUUUUCAGCGUCGCCGCGAUUUUGCUGAAGAACUUGCACAGUGCAAACGGCUUUUUCAUAAUUUGCACUGUGCAAAAACUGAAAAAUGCACUGUGCGUUGGCGACAAGCGUGGGAAAAGGUUCAACAUGCACUUUACGAACGACAACAAUUGUCCACGCACGUUACGAAACUACAAAUAUUAAUUCAUUCCUGAGGACUGUUUGGUUGUGAGCCCGGCUUCAUUUUUAAAUAUUUGAACCCACUUAAAAUAGAAUCAUGUUCUCUCAGCCUUCCUGAGCCCUCGACCUUUCCCAAUUUGCCGCAUAGAGCUCUCUGAAAUCCCGUUUUUCAAAUUCUCUCUUGGUUUCGGCAAUUACCGUCCUGGCGUGUUCCAAGUCAAAGUUUUUUCGGACCAUAUCUUUCACACUUUUCCUUCCGCCUGUCAGUUAGCGUGGACGACGCUGUAAAGGCGGCUCUUCUGUCGAAAAGGCCGAAAAUUGAAUCAAAAUCCGAGAAAAUCCGGCCCCAAAAAAGUUGUUUAAGGGGAGGCCAAGAAAGUAGGGAGAGGAAAUGUUUGUCCGUUUUGGGUUUUUGCUGCGGGUGCUCUUUAUAUACAUGUGGUUUUUCGUGUGUCUCGUCUUCAAGACCUUCGUUCGGACUUGUGGCUUUUUAUGUAAUAAAAUCAAAGCUGGCCCUUGUUUUUUGCCCGAGGACUUUACGUGGGUUUCAUGUAGAUUGGAUUCACGUCCCGGCUUUUCGGACGACCUCGGGAAUUGGAUAUCGGGAGCGUCUAGUCGCAGAGCGUUUAUGUUUUUUUGCCGGUUUAAGAGGGGUUUUACAUAUAAGGCAAAUUCGACUAUUGUAGAAUUUGAUAUUUCAGAAUUUUGAAGGUUUUAUGAAAAUAUGAGUUUGGUAACGUCAUAUACGACUGCGAGCUGUUACAGUAAUCUGAAGUCUAUUUUCAGGCCUUUUAAACACGCAAUCUUUAUUAAAAAAGUUUGCGACCGUUAAAACGUUAAUGCCGCAAUGGACUCUCAUUACAUUCUUUCCAGUUGAUCGUGCAUAUAUCUGUGCUACUUCAACCCUUCAAACACGCUAGGAAUAUUUAUAAUUUUCGUGUGACCAAACCUGCACGUAUACCCCGGCAGUUGGAACGUUUCGAAUCUCUCACAAAUAAAACAAAUAACCAAACGUGCGCAAACAUAAUUACUAACACUUCCUGUCUAUGAGUGUGUGCAUUUCCGAAGAUGCACAUUUAAUUUUAGUUGACCAUGUAGACAUGACUCAAGUUUGAUGUAUCGCGUUGAUGAAAAUUGAGCCGUUUGUUGUGUGGGGCCGGAAAACGUGCUCAUUUUGCGUGGGAUGUGGGUGGUAAUUUGACUUUUCGGAUUGAGUGAUGUUGCCGGAGGCGAAUCCGUUACAAAUCUAGAUUUUAUUUCGAUGAAAGUGAGUCAGCUUGGCCUCGAGGGGUUUUUUGUCCAGAAAUAUGAUCGUAUUUAUUAUUUUGACCUUUUACUUAUAUAAUAUAAAAAAAACUAAAUCCUUUCGCUUACAUUGUCCUAUUAUUUACACAUUUCUAAGCAAAUUACAUAAAUUUAAUUAUACGAUGUUUUUGUAAUUCCCAAACUCUAGACUUUUUCCCCAUUUUUUGAGAACUUCAUAGUGACCAUAAAGCCUUUCCGCUCUCGCUUCGACAUCAAUAAAACCUCAAAAGAUUUGUUUUUAUUUAUAAAAAAACGUUUCGGCGGGUUUAAUUUCCAGGAUUUAUGGGGAACUAAAGAAUUGGCCUCAAAGAGCUGAGACUUGGAAAGAUGCUAGAACUGAUCUUUUUGAAGCCAGCUCCACCUAUCACGACUAUUUUAGGAGGUUAUCUGACACGUUAACGUCGUACUUUUUACACUUGACUGUUUGACAAAAUUAGCCCUAAUUUGACCCUAAACGCCACGGCUGGCUAAAUAAUUUAUGGAAGCUCGUGAAUAAUUAAACCCGAACUUUCAUGUAAUUCUAGGCUGUAAUAAUACGGAAAAAGGAAAAGUCCGGUUCUAAUAACCGAUUAAAGCGAAAUUCUGUCCCUAAUCCUGUUUCUUUCUUGAUGAGAUGGAUUAUGGCGUUUGAGGGGAAUUCUCCAGUCGCUUUUUUAGGCCCGUUUCAAGUGGAUUGGGGGUAAAAUACGAAGGUUUUUUUGGCUUACUCUAAAUGAUUUCUUGAUAAAAUUCUUUAUCCUUAAAUUCAAACUAUUGAAAAAAUUACUCUGCUUUUUAGAAUAUUAUAAUAAUAGCGUUUUCAUCUCCAAAAGAUUUGUUUUUUAUUUCUUCAAAGCUUCCUCAUAUGUUUUUCGGAUGAUGUGAACGAUUACCCUCGUAUCUAUAAUAUAUCAUAAGCCGCUUUAGGGGACCAGAAAACAAACUUUAAUCAAGAAAAAAAUGCCUCGCAUUUUGUGUAUUAAUCUCGAAUUCUUCCACUUUUUGGGGAUCUUGCUUAUUUUAAAGAUCCCUUUAAUAAAUUCCGAGUUGGUCCCUCAUUCGGCCGUCGAUGACGUUGUGCGGCGCCGGGGUUCCACUCGUUUUAACUCAUUAUGAUAUUGCACUUGGCACCCGCCGCAACUGGAUGACUGGAAUUAGGACUCGCCGCGAAGCGAAGGGCCGAAUGGAUUAUGACUUUGUUUGCGUCGUUGAUAGGACUUUGAUAUACGAAGCCAAAGGACGCUAAAUGAGCGGAAGAGUAGUGUUGGAGGGCUGGAGGAGGACGUCCUUUUUUCCAGUUGUUUUCCGGUUGUUGCUCGUCUGGCGCCAAGGUGGUGGGUCGGGAAUGAACGUUUCCCUGCAUCCCGAUGGCAUCUCAUGUAUGCUCAGCCGCUGUUCGUACGGAUUAUUACUCCGGACGGGCGGAGUGAUAUAUUAGACUGGGGGUUUUUUGGGAGCAGUCUAUAUCUGGACAAACACGCAUAGCAGGAUUUUUAGGGGAACUUCCGGGACAAAACAUUUUCAACGACCUCCCUGGAUGAGAGACUAUGCCGAAGAACGGCCUUUGUUGGGAUCUGAACAAUAGUGCAUAGGGUAAAAUUUUCGACAAAUUUGCUCACGAAAACCCGAAUUAUGAGCAUCAAAAGAAAAACCUCUUUUUGGCACUGAUGUUCCUUUUUUCAAAGAAUUAACGAGACUUGGGAGAGGAAAUUCAGAUUUCCUGCCAGAACGAGACGAACUACAGUUCUCAAAUUCUAGCCUGCGUCAUGUUGACAUUUUCCGGGCCUUUGCAUGGGCGUGUAGUACAGUGAAUUUUGUGGAUUUGUGGUCCCAAGCCGGCUAGAAUUUUAGGUCCGGCGGGAUUAUUAGUCGCAUUUUUAAACAAAUUUCGCUUGUGUUGCCGAUUAAAACUUUUUGAUUAUGUAUUCUUUUGCAAUGUGUUUGCGUUCAAAAUUCCACAUGUUUUAAAAUUCUGCCAACUUUUUUUGUUUUGUCUGGAUCUUCUUUAUUCGCUGUGUCCCGAAUUUUUAUGCUAAUUGUGAUAAUGCCUUCUCAUAUGGCUUCGUUUUUGUUCGCCCAUUUUGUUUUCCCAUCAAGUUUAUUAUUCAAAAAUCAACAACACUUGUUGUUUGAAACGUUUUCGGCGCAAGAAGAGAGGGUGGAAUUGGUCCAAUCAACCUGAUACCCACAGCCAAUUAUUCGGGACUAUCAUGAAUUAGACUAUUUUUGCGAGACGAGCCUUGUCCGAAACGCUGGGAAAGAAGGGGGAGGAAGGAUGAGUCUGCUCUUAUUCUUUUCGAAAUUUUGAUUUUUUUGAAUUAUUUUCCCUAAAUGCUGAUGCACACGCUGGACUUUUUUGGCUCGUUUUUUCUCACGAGCGAAGUCUUUUAGGUGGGAACCGCUAAUCUGCCCUAUGUUUUGCAUACGGCUUCCGAAAUAGCCACCGUUCUCAGAGAGCCUUGGCCAGAACUUUUCUCUCUGUGGAAUAUCUAGCGGGAGCACGUAGAAUGUCGCCCAGACAAAACGCCAUCAUCGUUUAAUAACCUUCCCGCUGCUCUGAAAAAUCGAAUUUUCCUAUUUUUCCUUAUCCGGCUCUCUUCUUGUUUUCCACGCUAUUUUUCAAAACUGAUUUUUUAACAUUAAAUUUUUUUAAAAAAUUUACAUCGAAUUACAGAGAAUCUGGAAGAUUUUUGAUCAUAAAUGUCUCACUAUAACAAGAUUUCGUCACAGUCCCCUUCUUUUGCAAAUUUAACCAAAAUUUUCUUUUUCCCCCAAAGCCCUUUAGCGAGUGUGCAUUUGGUGCUACUAUUACGUCUAUUUACUGUUUAAUUAUCCCCCUUCCUACUCAAAUUUCCCUUGAAAUCCUCCAAAUUUCUCCUUGACCUUUGACCUCUUAAACUCUGCAUAAUUUUGACUAUAUGACCUUCUAUAACCCCACAGGCUCCGCCCGUUUUUAUUCUUUCCAUCGUUUUGUGUUCUCCCAUGCCCUGAGGGCAUAAAGUGGCCAUAACGACGUUCGGGCUUCAUUUUUCGCCGGCUGGAAAUGACAUCUUGUUCGUUGAAGACGACUUUUCGUUGAAGCGUCGUUGAGACGAGGGUGCGGACGGAUGGCCGGGAUUUUCGCUUUCAAAACGCGCACUGAACCGGAAAUUCGUUUGAGGAAGUUCUGGGCCGUGUCUGGGUAUUUUUUGCUCAGCUCUUGGCGCAGUCACGAAGCUCGCCCAGAACGCUAUUGGGGGUCCGCGGAAAAAUUGACUUUUUUUGGUCAAAAAAUUGUACACUUGUGUAAUCUCCUAAGAGGUUAUGAUUUGUUCAGGACAAAAAUUGCAAAUCCUUUUUUUUAUACAUUCAGGCCAACAACAUAAUUUAAAAAAAUUUUUGAUUGUUUUUAGCAAAGCGCAGAUUGGGAACUGAGGGUUUGCCGCGUAAAUAACGGAGUUCAGAUAUAUGUUUACUCAGUACUGCAUUUUUGGCAAGCGCGCACUUGCAAAAUGGGCAGUAACUUCUGGACAGACGAAAUUUUUUAUAUUCCCAGUUUUUUCCGUAUUGGUCAAACAUUUGUCCCAUCUGAUAACCGUGGCACUUUUUGCUACUACGUGUUAUAUUUCGACCUAGCUGCAGCGUGAACUUCGAGCUUCCCUGACAAUGUUUCACAACCUUUUAUGACGUUUGUUUUUAGUACAAAGCCUCUAAAUUCGGUGCUAAUCCAUCCUCCGCCAUUGCCAGGAUUGUGGCCGCCAAAGUUCGCGGCUUGGAGCUGCGCUCGAGCCGAAAAGGGAUGAAUGGUACGAAUGGGACCGACACAGCCCUUCCACCCGUCCCCAAUCCAAUCGGCCAGUCGCAUUCCGCCAGUUCGUCGCCGACGCGACCCAACAUGCCUGCCAAUCAUCCGCUAAAGUGAGGAAUAAUGUGCUGUUUUUUUAAGGUCUUAAUGCCCAUUUCCUUUCAAUUGCUCCAAAAGAAUUUCAGUUGCAUUUUUGAUUUGGUCGUUUUUACAGUAAUAUUCUUGAAAUUUCAGCCUCAGAAAUCACACACUUCGCUCAUCGCUCCGAAGACGCGAUGGGCGCCAACGAUCGCCGGGCCGGAAAACCGUCAGUUUUUGCUCUCAAAACCAGGACAAAAAAGUUUCGAAUGGUAAGACCCUAUAAGGAACCGGUGAGAAAUUAAUUUUUGACCCGAGAACGUGAGAAGCUCUUACUGUUAAUGUCGUGACAACAUUUAGGUUAAAAACCGAAAUGUUGUCUUGUGGUCGACAAGCAUUUAUUUCGCGGAGAUUGCGUUAUAUUUAGAAACCAAUUGACCUAAAAGAAGGGAUCGAUUGUAAUUAGGAGAAUUCGAAUUUAAUUUAGUUAUACCAGACGAGAAAUUUUGCGAUAAGACUAAUGGAAAUUGACGGUAGGUAAAGAAAUUGCCGUUUCAUUCGCGCGACACAAAGUUUAUGGGCAGUCGGGAAAAUAAUGAGCAUUCUAUCGCAUCGAAAAUCGCAUCGCCGCCCAGAAAAUGAAUUGUUUCGCGAUAAAGCCAAAUUUUUUUCACUUCAUCGAUGCCAUUAGCCUGGCGACAGUAUGCUCAUUAUUUUCCCAACAGACUGAUAAGAUAAUCUAAAUAUAAUACGAACACCAAGUUUUUUCUUGUCAGUAGGACAUGAUCAACCAUGAUUAAUAACGAUUACAGUGGCGGAUCUAAUCCAGUGGCAAAAAACGUAAAAUUAUGCAUCCAGGAAGUCUCAAAAAAUGUAGCAAAAUACCUCCCUCUCCAAGUGAAAAAACUCACAUUUCAAAAUCACGCCCGUUCCUUUUGUGAGGGAAAGGGCGCACAUUUCAAAACGGAGUUUUUUUUUAUUGUAGUGGGAGGUAUUUUGCCACAUUUGUGAAACUUCCCGGAUGCAAAAUUAUACAGGGUGGGGCAUCUUUGUGGCCCGAUUUGAAUUGGCUAUAACUUCUUUAGUUUUUGGCCAAAUUUUAAAAUUCUUUUUUUCCCUGAAUCGUCAGCCAACCCCAUUUUGUUUGAUACCAAAUACGUUAUACAUAGGUAAGUGUCAUCUACAGUUAUUGGAUUUAUUUUUGGAGUUAAUUUUUUUUGGUCGUUUUUCGGUUGUUUUUUCGGUCUUUCCCGGUGUGUCCGAAAAUGGAGUCCGGUGCGGAAGAAAAAGCUUGGUCUGUGGUUUGGUAUAGCAAGUACGGUUCGGCAAUAAAUUUUCAAACGGGGAUACCGCAUGAAAUACGGACGUAAUGCCUAACCUCCAGAUCGCAAGACAAUUCGACGUUCGUGGUAUAAGUUCCUUGAGACUGGCAGCGUUAACAGGAAACAAAAAAAGCCGGAAACAUGAGUUCGAACGGAGCCGAAAAUUAAAGAAGUUUUGUCAAAAUUCCGAAAAAACCCGCAUAUCAGUACACGAAGCUUGGCCAGAACCGAGGGAAUGCCUUCAGCAAGGACCAUUCGACGAACUCUGGAGGUUGAUCUUCACUUUUUGUUCUUAUUCUCAUCGUCGAUUUUCGGGAGGGGAAAUUCCACCGUAUUUUUCUUCCGCACCGUACUCCAUUUCCGGACACACCGGGAAAGACCGAAAAAACAACCGAAAAACGACCGAAAAAAUGAACUCCAAGAAUAAAUCCAAUAACUGUAGAUAUACACUUACUAUGUAUAACAUAUUUGGUAUCAAACAAAAUGGGGUUGUCAGAGGAUUCAGGGGAAAAAAGAAUUUUAAGAUUUGGCCAAAAACUAAAGAAGUUAUAGCCAAUUCAAAUCGGGCCACAAAGAUGCCCCACCCUGUACGUUUUUUUGCCAAUGGAUUAGGUCCCUCACUGUAAGCUGUUGUCCCCAAGAAUUCUUUUUUCGGCACCUUGCUUUUUAUUCCCAAACUACCGCGUGGAAUUUUGUGUCUACAGCUUAUAGUGUUGACCUAACCUCUACCGAUGAACACUGCACACGCAUUUACACAACGAAAAAUUGAAACUCUGACCACCUCAAACCUCUAAAGCUUUGCGAUUAGAGCAUCAAAAAAAAAGCUUGUUGACGGACGGUCUCUAAGAUAUUCAUACCUCUGCCGGUUCUAUGAAUAUCCUCUCCCAUUCUGUUAUGCAUUAAGACUUCGGGCAAUGCAUUAGGGGAGAGAAAUCCGAAAAAACUUGAAAAGGUCAUAAUGUCAUAACAGCGAGGUCAUGCGAGGAACGGACGAAAGAAUAUACUAUUAGGCACGUAAAAAGUAAUGAGCUCUUUUAAUGGUCAUAAAUGGCAUCAAGGAACCUCGGGUUUGGCUGUACCUAUGAAUUUUGAACGCAGUUUGAUGACAAAUUAGAUGCGCGGAAAGCCCUAUUAUUAGCUGAAGGUGUACGUGUGACAAGAUGAGCGUCAAAUAUAAUAAAGCGAAUUUCUUUUAAUUUACCCCCUGAUAAACAUGUUUUCCCACUGCGCACUUGUUAUUACUGUAAAGGGCAUAAGACUAAUGCACUUUGUUCGACAAGAACUACGUUAAUGGGAUUAGUGGUGCCGGAAAUGGCGCAAGAGUAAUGAAAAAAGCGAGGAAUGUGACUGGAGAACCGCACUGCAUAAAAAAACAAAAAAAUCUUAAAACAGAAAUUUAAAUAUGCAAAUUCGUAGAGCAUGUAUUGAAGAUGUAGCACAUUUUAUUCUAGUUGCGGAUUGCUUGCAAAUCAUGCAGCAGGGAACGGAGAUGGUGAAGUUAAGAACAAAUGUGCGCCAAUUCUGCCGGAUAUUCACUUUGGAUGCGGACGUCUCGCAUAUAAGAUGGACCCCAACCAACAAAAAACCGCAUAAGGCCCGGAUACCGGUGGACUCGAUAAAGGAAGUUCGAACUGGACGAAAUACGGAGCUUCUCAGAGCCACCGAGAAUAGCAAUACGGACUUACAAGUGGGUUGAUUGAUUGGUGGCAAAUGAAUAUUAAAAUAUUUUUUAAAAUAAUAAUUUUUAAAUUCAUAAAAAUUUAUAAAUAAUUUAAUUUAUAAAAAAUUUUUAAAAAAAUAUUUUAAAUUUAGGAUGAAUGCGCGUUCUCGAUCAUCUACGGCGCGCAGUACGAAUGUUUGGAUCUGAUUGCACUCAGCGCUGACGAUGCAAACAUAUGGGUAACUGGCCUCAUGGCUUUGACAACUGCUCAGAAACGUAGGUCUACCAAAACAAAUCUGGAAAGGAGGUACCUAACUAUACUCCCGGACAUAAUGAUCUGAUCACCCUGAUUUUUCGAAAAUUUGCCAUAACUCGUGGCAAGAUCAAGAUAAUAAAAAAAAAUUUUUUGUGACAGACUCUGUCUGACAUAGCUUGUAUACAUGCCAAGUUUCAAAGUGAUUGGGUUAUUUUCACCCGAGAUAUGGGUGGUCAGAAAGUUAUGUCCGGCAGUAUACCUAGCUCCUUUAUGAAAACAAUUUUUUUUGGCAAUCAUGUGCCCUAAAGCAUUUUUUCUCUCGCGGAAAUAAGACUGCUUGCUUUUAAACAUAUCUCUGCGGUACAAGAUUCACUAUGCGUAUCUGGCCUGUAUAUGAUUUAUAUGCAAUGUAAUAUGUAUAUAUAUGUAAUAUCAACUAAUCUUACUCUUAUUUAGAAGACAAUCAGCCUCACGCAAGCAACAGCAUGUCGACAGUAAGAGAAAGGUAAUAUUAUCCACCAAGAAUAAAUUUAAUGUUCGUUUCGAUUACUUUCAGAUGGCUAGGCACUGUCUUUGACCAGGCGGAUAAGGAUGGACGAGGCUACAUUAGCGAGAAAUCAACAGUUCGCCUAAUAUGUGAGAUCAAUUCACGCCUAUCUUUAAGCAGAGUCAAGCAGAAAGUGAAAGUGAGUUACUCAUUAGGAAAAGAAUUCUACAUUUCAACAGUUUUUAAGACUGAAAUGUCCUGAACAAUUUUCAACUCACAUAAUUUAGGAAUCUUCUGCGAUUGCUUCGGCCGAAAACGACACCGCUGCUCGAGGGCAUAUUGAGAAAGAGCAGUUUAUCGAAAUCUACAAGGACAUUAGCACUCGGCCCGAGAUCUAUUUCCUAAUGGUCCGGUAUGCGAACAAAGACUACCUCAGUUGCGACGAUCUUCAAGUGUUUUUGGAAACAGAGCAAGGAGUAAGUUGCGAUUUUUUUAAAGUUGAAUCUUUUGGCAUCAUUUUACCACGCUUUUGGGGAAAUAAAAUUUUUUUUAGAUGAUAUUUAUCGACCGUAAGUUCUGCGAGAAUCUCAUCCAACAGCACGAACCCUCUCCCGAAGCCCGCGAGAACAACUGCAUGACAGUUGAUGGUUUCACCAACUACCUAUUGUCUCGUGCCGGUCUGGUUUUUGAUCCGCAACACUUCCAAGUGUGCCAUGACAUGUCUCGACCGUUGAAUGAGUACUUUAUCGCGGCUUCUUAUAACACAUACUUGGUUGAGGAUCAAACCCAAGGCCCUUGCUCUAUUGAUGGCUAUAUAACGGCGUUGAAGAGGAAUUGCCGAUUUAUUGAGAGUGAGUUAAAAGUUUCAAACCAGGCUUGAGAUGUGAGAGGCCUGUGAUCGAUCCUAUAAUCCUGUUUUUUCCCUUCAGUGAAUCUCUGGGACCCGUUGGAUCAAGAGAAUCCGGAGCCUUUGAUUUGUCGAACUUCGACCACCCCAACGCAUAUAAGAGCUUCCGCAGCCUUGGAGACGAUUCGAAAGCUAGCGUUUGAAAAGACGAAAUACCCCCUAUUUAUCCGCCUAGAUGUCCACUUGAGCAACGAAUGGCAAAUCGUGUUCGCUGAGAUGCUGAAGAACAUCUUGGAAGAUGUUUUAUAUCAGCCGAAAUAUGACAAGACCGAUUGGACGGACCCGACCAAUGUGCCAACUCCGGCUCACUUCUUGAACAAGGUAAGAGGUUAGAGUACGGUAGUCAGAUAUAAAGAUAUAUCAAUACACCUUUCGCUUCAGAUAAUUCUGAUCUCCAACGGCUACAAAAGCAAGUCCGGUCCACUUCCGCCCGCUGAGAUCCCCAACGAAGACGAAGAAGACCAUUUUGUUGAAGUCAGCAGCAACACAACAAGACAACGGCUUGCAAUUAAACUUCUCGAACUGAUACCUCCUUUUGGCCAGCUGAAAUACAUUCAAGAUACGGUGACUUUCUCCGAUCUCGGAAAUUGUAAGUUUUGAGUCAGUACAAAAGCUACAUUUUGAUAGAAUUGGAUGACUAAAGCUACUAUAAUAAUUUCAGUGACGAGUCAUAAAGAUUUACUAUCAAUUUGCGAGAGCUCAUGCCUGCGACUGAUCCAGAAUAACGCCUCAAUGUUUGGGCAGAUUACUCGAAACUUUUUACUUCGGAUAACCCCCAAUAUCACACGACUCGAUUCGUCCAACAUGAAUCCUCAAGAGUUUUGGAAUUUCGGUGUAAAUUUGUGCGCAUUGAACUAUCAGACGCCUGGAUUGAUGAUGGAUUUACAAGAAGGGAAGUUUGCGGCAAAUGGAGGGUGCGGAUAUGUGUUGAAGCCUCCAAUAAUGCAGGAUGAAGUCUUCUCGCCUGUCGAUAAAAUGCCAUUUGCUCCGCAGGUAUAUAGGUGUCCUUCUUACAGGGGCUUUUGCCGUCUGAACUCUUUAUCUAUUUCCGUUGUUUUUAUUUAAGUCUGUAAUCAUAUUCUAGGUGCUACAUCUUCGAAUCAUCUCGGGUCAGCAACUCCCCCGGCCUCGGGGCUCCACAGCCAAAGGCGACUCAACGGAUGCCUUUGUGGUCGUGGAGAUAUUUGGAAUCCCGGCGGACUGUGCUGAAGAACGCACAAAGACGAUUCGCAACGACAGUUUCAACCCCAAUUUCGAUGAGAGCUUCCAAUUUGAAGUGUGCAUUCCGGAGAUUGCACUGGUCCGAUUCUUGGUCCUUGAUGAUGAUUACAUUGGAGAUGACUUCAUUGGGCAGUAUACAAUUCCAUUUGAGUGUCUGCAAAGCGGUAAGAGUAAUUGGCUUCGGAAAUUUGCGGUAGUCCAUGUUGACGGGUUUGAGUUUACAACUCACUGAUCGCUUUGCAGGUUACCGGCACAUUCCCCUUCUGAACAAUGAAGGCGAGCCCUUGGAGAAUAGCACUUUAUUUGUCCACAUAGCGAUUACAAAUCGCAGAGGCGGCGGAAAGCCGAAGAAACGCGGAAUGUCCGUGAAACGGAAGACCCAGCGAGUUCAGACUGGCAUGAAAUUGGUUGGCAUUAAGACGGCUGACGAUCUCUUCAAGUCGGUGUCGGAUCCGCUGAUCGAAUCCAUCGAGAUGAGGAACAAAUUGGAGUCCGCACUCACCGAGUUCCAAGAGCAAUGCGGAAUUGGACCAACUGGAUCCAUGCGACAAGGAUUGAGGCUGCUACAUGCGAGAAUUGUGGGGGCUGCGUCGGAUUGUAAGUUCUUAUAAAAUGAGGGCUUCUUGUGCACGAUGCCGCGACAGAUAUCCAUGAACUUUAUGAAAACAUUAAUAAUAUUUAAAUAUUUAUUAAUAUAAUACAUCCCCUUUACCAAAGAACAAACAAUCUUUCUAAAACAAAGCAAUAAAAAAACGAGCGAACUUUUUGGACGACCUAAUAAUUCCAUUUCAGCCCCAACAAACCCGCUAAAGUCGUCCGAAAGCAGCAUCCUCUACGUCACGCUCAACUCAAACGGCAACCCGGUUGUCAAAGUGGACGUUGAGAUCCCGGAGGCAAUGCAGCGCACCUUCAAUUCGUUGGAAACUCUUCUCGAACGCUGCGAAAGAGUUCAAAUGGAGAUGGGCGAAAAGGUCCGCAAACUCAGCGAGGUUACCCUCAAAAUUUCGGAUUGCUACAUGGAGCUGAGUCAGCUGUGUGAAGAAGCGGGCCUUCGCGGGCAGAAAGCUCAACGGGCCAGCGAAAAUUUCGCCUGGAAUGUGAGACUGCUGAAAGCGCAGUACACGCUGGCUGUCAAGAUGCAAACCGAGACGGAAAGUAUGAUUCAACAGGUAUGCUGAGUUGUGUUUCGAUUUAACCGUCAAAAUUAAGUGUAAUGAAAACUAUUUAUUAAUGUUUUUCAGGUAAUCGAGACCGCCAAAAGCCUCGGCGUUUUCCGUGCCAAAGAGGACGCUGCAAACAACAAUUGA